CCGGAUUUCUGGAAUUCCAGCAUCCAAGUAUGAAUGAAGUUCAAGUCAGUCUGAAGUGAGUGAUCUGAGGCCCUGCCCCCACACUCUCUGCCUCACAGUCCUACUGUGAGGUCAGCACCUUCCAAUGAGUUCCGUCUAGAGGUGUGUGGUGGGGCUGGGGGCUGGACAUGGCCCCCUGUCCCCAGCCUGAGUCCUGCCCAGCUGGCAGCCCCCUUGGCCUGAUAUAUCUGUCCCUUUUGCUCGUCCCUGCUUCAGCUGGAACCUACUGUGAAUGCAGCCUUGGCCUCAGCCGUGAGGCCCUUAUUGCCCUCAUUGUGGUGCUGGCUGGUGUCAGUGCCAGCUGCUUCUGUGCCCUCGUUGUUGUGGCGAUUGGUGUCUUUCGGGCCAAGGGUGACACGUGCCCUGGACACUCGGAAAACAGGUUGGCGGGGCCCUACGGGGUCCAGGAAGAUCGCAUAGACCUGCACACAGUACACGUGGAGUCCCACCUCAUGGACCCUGAUCUGGACAUAUCCAUGAUGCAGUCCUUGGAUAGCCAAGGCCUCAUGACCAUGACUGCUCCUCUAGAGCCACCUCCACCCCCUCCUCCUCCUCCUCCUCCUCCUCUUCCCCCACUUCCACAAUAGUGGAGGGCAGCUAGGGUGGAGAAUUAAACAGUAUUUAGUGAU